CAUUCUCCAGGUCAGGUGGUGACUUGCAAAUAUUCACACGUUAUAUCAUUCAUUGCUGCUGCGCUGGUACCAAUUCAUUCGUCGGGCUCAGCGCGCCGCGCCCGGCUAGACUGGGGCCACUGAUCAUUAGAUUCCCACUGCGCAAGAACAUUGUUGGGGACUGUGAGUACUUGGCGUUUUCAUUUCCAAUAUUUUAGUUAUAAAAUCUCUAUCCAGAAUACACGGGGGAAAACUCAGAAAGGACUUAAAGAUGAGUGGACGGAGAGCUUUGCAUUUCGUUUUCAAAGUGGCAGAUCGUACAGCUACAGCCAAAUUCUACCGAGAAAUCUUGGGAAUGAAGUUCCUAAGGCAUGAAGAAUUUGAAGAAGGCUGCAAGGCAACAUGCAAUGGGCCAUAUGAUGGCAAGUGGAGUAAGUCUAUGGUUGGUUAUGGGCCAGAGGACAACCAUUUUGUGACAGAACUCACCUACAACUAUGGGGUAAAGAGCUAUGAUCUUGGAAACGACUUCCUGGGUAUCACCAUUCAGUGCAGUGUAGCUGUAGCCAACGCUAAGAAAGCCAAGUGGCCCUUGACCAUAGAGUCUGAGGGUGUGUAUUCUGUGCAGGCGCCUGGUGGAUAUAGGUUCUACCUUGUGGACAAACCAAGACCUGAAGGAGAUCCAGUCCAAAAGGUUGCUAUCGGUGUAUCAAAUCUACAGAAAUCUGUGGAUUACUGGACCAAUAUAUGUGGCAUGACUCUGUACGAGAAAGCAGAAAACAGCGCCCUCUUAGGUUUUGGAGAGGGACAGUGUAGAUUAGAAUUGCUUGAUCAAGGCGGACCUAUCGAUCACAAGACAGCAUUUGGAAGGGUAGCAUUUGCUUGCCCUCGAGACCAGUUACCUGGAAUAGAAGCGGCCAGCAAAGAUGGAGGUCAAACUAUCAUCACACCUCUAAUCAGUUUAGACACCCCUGGCAAAGCUACGGUUGAAGUUGUCAUUCUUGGAGAUCCUGAUGGUCAUGAGAUUUGUUUUGUUGGUGAUGAAGCUUUCAGGGAAUUAUCUCAAGUUGAUCCCAAGGCUGACGGCUUAUUAGAUGAGGCUGUUGCUGCAGAUAAAAGUGUUGAGUGGUUCGCUAAGAAAGAAGCUAAGCUAGGUAAGCAGUGGACACCUGGAUCAUAGUGAUACUUUAAUUUAUCAACUCAUACUAUCAUCAGAUCUGUAUCUCUCAAAUUGGCAAUGAAUUUGCAAGGAAGUAGCCAAUCAUUAAUUGAGUAUAAAUACUCAAUUUGUAAAAAAGCAAUUACACUUGAGAAAAAUUAUGAAUUCGGUUCUUAUGUAAAGUAAAAGAAAACACAUGAGAUUUGUUUAUAUAUAUACUCAAACAAAAGCUUUGAUUAAAUAAACAUUUAUUCAAAGUCGACUCAUCAUGGCAGUAAGUGAUAUAUAAUACAUGUUUAAUUUUGUUUUAUAUUUAUCAUCCGAAAAGUCCAUUGCCAUGGUUAGAUACAAUAAUAUUAUGAAAUUUAGUAGAAAACUGUUAGGAAGGUUUUCAGAUGAUAGACAAGACAUAAAUUUCCUACAUAAAAUGCAUUAAAAAAGGGAAGGAACUUGACAGGCAUCGAAACCCUGAAAAUGUUGAUAGUGGAUCCCACAUUGCUAUUGUGGGAUUGCUAAGAAGUGUUCUAUUCAGUAGGACAGAUGGAUAUUUCAUUCCAUCUUUAAAUAUGCACAAAGCUUUUUACAUGAGUAUCAGCCAAGCUAGCUAGCAUAUCAGUGCAGUGAGCGUCUAGUCGGCAAUGUAGCCCAGGGCCCUGUCUUACAAAGAGUUGCGAUUGAUCCAACCAACCAUAACUAUGGAAAGCCAGCAACAUCAACACC